CCAAUCGCAGGGCACAUCGAGACAAACAGCCGUACUCACAAUCACACCUAGAGGAAAUUCAGAGUGCAGAUAAUGAAUGGAUGUUAUUAAAGUGUGACAUUCAAUUAGAAGUAAUGUGAAUCGAUGUAAUUCACAAGCUUUAAACAACAGUAACAUGUAUUGACAAACUCCUGUCACGUUCUCUUUCAUUUAUGAGGGCUUACCUGGGCCUGCUGCUGGGCCUUCCUUUGGUUCAAAAAUUUUUUUUGCCCCUCCCAUCCAAAAAAAAACCCCACAAAAAAACCCCAAAACAGGACAUACGUUUUGUUUCCAGAGUCCAUUGUAAUGAAUAAAAACGUUAACAUUGUUUGGGCGAGAAAAAGUCAAGUGCCAUAGACUGCACGGUGAACUAACUGUACGUUUUAUCCAGUACCUUAAGGGUGUAAGUACGUGGGUUUUUUGUACGUGUGUUUUUUUUUUUUUUUUGCGUGUAUUUUAAAUAUUCAACCUCAAUGUUUUCCUUCGUUCAUUCCUCCCACACCUCCCACUCCAGGAACCCCUGUACUACAGCAUCCUUAUUGGUCGUGCGGUGUGCAAUGACCCAAUGAGAUUCUCGCUCCUGGACAGGUGAGGGCGUGCGAUUGGCUCCAAUGUCGGUAUUCACUCUCCACACCUGCCUAUGGAGCCUCUUUUUUUUUUUUUUUUUUAAAUAAAAGUCCGUGCUGCUUCAGUUUACAAACUGAAUUUGGACACGAACUGGUUACGACGGUGGUGUGGCUUUGGGGCUGCUGUUCUGUUACCGGUUGCUUUGGAACAGUUGACAGUAUUUUCUAUACAUUUUUUAAAAGUUUGUAAUGGCAGAGUGGAAGACACAGCUAAAUUACAAAUACAAUCCGCCGUACCACGCCUACGCUUACGGCCUCAUGUAUCAACCGGGGAACGAACAGAACCACCGCCAUGUGACCGGCUGGGGCGAAGCGGGUCCGCCCGAAUUUAAUAACUACACGCCCGGGGUGGCGCAAAUCUACUAUGCAGCUACCGCCGCCAGGACCCCCGGAGAGUCUCCGCCUCACAGCCCGGAGCAGCACGUGGCCAGUGGUUAUUGCCAUUACCAGGGCUCCAGUGUCGUUUGCCUUGGGCAGAGUCAAGUGGACCGCUCACUUCGAGUUGCAACCGACGAUGAGAACAGGAGGGCAGGCAGCGACUCCACAAGCGACUCGGAGGCUCAUGCCUCUCCCGAUUCAUGGAGUUUUAGUAGCAGCCGAGAAAGUGGUCUUCCACAGGCGGACCCCACCACAUGGGUCAAGAAAGAGCUCUGUGAGGAUGCCAACAGCAGGAUUCCUGAUACUGGAGACCAGGUUUCCAGCUCUCUUAUGGGGGAGCUGUCCUCCUGUACUGAUAUGGGUAGUCAAAACGACAAUGUGCUCCCUCUACAAGCACCCUUACCAACGCUGAAGAUACCACGCACUAAUGCGAAGAUUCUCAAAGGAAAGGUGCGUGUCGUAUUCUCCAAAAGCCAGAUGAACGCUCUUGUCCAGCGGUUCAGUGUGCAGAGAUACCUUACCCCUGCAGAGAUGAACAACCUUGCUGAAAUGACAGGACUUACGUACAAACAGGUGAAGACUUGGUUUCAAAAUCGAAGGAUGAAGCUGAGGAGGCACCAGAAAGACAACAACUGGGUGUCAGCGCGCUACAGCCGCAGGCAAGCCAGCCUGAUUAGUGGAACUGUCAUUACCCAUCCUCCAGCUUAUCAAGCUGAAGCCCAAAGACCACCACCCAAUGAAUGCUACAAUCAUCACACGAUGGAAGCACCCUUUAAGAACUCAGCUCCACAGAACCUGGCCUUCUAUCUUGCCACAAUGGGCAGCACCGCUGCAUCUACUCCGUAUCCCACAUGGUCAUCUGGCACGCCUCAGGCUGUCAUGCCCACUCGGUCCCAGGCAGUUGGUUGGUCCAUGCCUACUGGGAUCAACCAGUACAAAUGCAACCCAGGUGUAUUCCACCCAACUGGCAACACUGAGCCAGAUAACAGCUUUGACAGAAAAGAUAAAGAGUGUGUCACGACCCAAAACUCCAGUCAUUGUACAUGACAUUUGUCAGUAAGACUGUUGUUGUGUGUGUAUACAAUUUUAUCUAAGGGUCCUGCUGUGAUUUUUUUUUUUUUUUUUUUUUUUUUUGUCUCAAGUGGUUGUAUAUUGUUCAU